AUGGCACCCAAGAGCAAGACAGGGCCGCCAUUGUGCGAGGUGUGCUCUAUUUCCCCUAGCAAGUACCGCUGCUCGACCUGUCCCACAAGAUAUUGCUCCGUAGUGUGCUUCAAAGGGCACAAGGUCGGUUGUAGUGGUCUCAAGGCGGCGAGACAGGGCGCACCAGAUGCCCAAGCUGUACCAGAGCUCGCCCUCGAUGUCCUACUCCCAGAUGAAGACGAGGUCGAUGUUGUAGAGUCGGAGGAAAAGGUGGUAGCAGAGCCACCGCAGCAGUCUCUCAAGUCAUUAUCCUCGUUGAAAUGGCCCCCAGAGCCCGAUCCCACCAUCUUUACCGAUCCCCUGCUGAAGGACGACCCCAAGCCACUCCGCCACGAAGAGCUCUUGCGGAUAGGCAAAGCUCUGCUAGCUGAUCCCACAUUGAUUGCCAUCCUCCAACUGCUCGACACCCUCCCCCUGUCAGCACGCCACGCCACCUUAUCUCGCCUGGUUGGACUAGACACCCAAUCACUCUCCUCCAGCUCAAAGACGUUAGUCAGCGGACGUGACUCUCCUCCGCCCCUUGACGAGCUGCUCGAGGCAUUCUCGGGCACCAAGAAGGAUACUUCCAUCGACGAAAGAGACGGGUGGUGGCUUCAUGGGCCUGACGGGAGAAUAUGGAUCACGGAGAAAGAGCGUAACCUCAUGAGGCUGUUUGCGGGUGGAAUCUGUCUCUCCAUUGAUGGCAAGGAAGAGAAUGGCGAGAUUGCAUGGGGACAGGGAGAUCUAGCAUGGGACGCGUGA